AUGUGCAUUCCUUGUUUGGAUGUGGAAGCUUCAGAGGAUGGAGCCGCUUACACGGCGCGAAUAGGCAUCUUGAAACGCAAGAAGUUUCCAUGGCUCGAAAAGCUCAGAAUGCCUGCCACUGGACUUCCAGCCUCCCAUGCACCUGCGCAGGCGGGGCUUGGCCUGGCGGGGCCUCCAGCAGGGCGGGUCUCCCACUGCGCGGCAUUCCAUGGCACUUCCCCUGAUGCCACAGAGGAUGGCAAGCAGCAGCAGCAUUCGGAUGACAUUGGUUCAACUGCUCUGGCAUUCGGUGGGCUGUCGUUUGACGAGUGCAGCAUCGUCUUCCUCUCACCCAAUGCCACCUGCUGCCACCCAGCAGCUCCAGCGGACCCCUCAUCUGCAGUCAGCCCCACCCCUGCUUCCCAAGCCGCCACCUUCUCCGCUUCUUCCACUGCCUCUGAUUUUCCGUUCCCAUGUGAUGCCUCCUUCCCCAUUGCUGCUACCUCCAAUGCCACUGUUCUGAGCCUCCCAGUGAAGCGAUCAAGAGAGGAUUGCCCUGGGCUUGGGGCAGACCAAGCGGGGCUGGGUGGAGGUGGAGGUGAGAGCGGGGUGGUGCGCAGAAGGAAUUGGCAGGCUCAGUCUGUGGCAGAGCAGUUCCAGCAGCAGGGGGCGAGCAGCCGCGUGCAGGACGAGGAGGGAGCCCUUGUGGAUGCUCUGCUUCUGGAGGAGCAUCAGCAGAUGCACGGAGGAGGAGGGAGGAGGCGAGCGCAAUCAGCCCUGUGGCCACGUAUGGAGUGGGAGAGCGCCCUUCCAGAUGAUGUGCUGCUGGGGGUCAGCAGCCUCGAUGCUGGCUUCACCGCACCGCAUGCACCAAUGCCAGUGCCGCUGCCCACCGCUGCGCUGGCUGGUUCCGUCCCUGGGCGGAUGGGCAGCAGCACUGGAGGGACGCUCGUUGUGAGUAGUUGCACCCAACCAGAGUUGGACACGUGCAGCGUGGCGCAUGAUAAUGUUGCUCUUUUUUUCGACACGCCCCUGGAUCCCCAGUUGCUGCCUGGACACGCCCCUACUGUCCCCCAGUUACCUCGGUGGCAGCCCUGCCAUGUGCCCUCGGCGGGUGGGCCCCAGGAACGGGUGCUGCCAGGCACAGCUGGUGGUGGGGUAGCGCUGGAAGAGUGGGCGUUGGAGCAGCGAAACAGCAGGGAGGGAGGUACUCAAGUGCACCGGGGUCAUGGGCACCUACAACCGCUGCCACAACCCCUGCCACAGCCACAACCACUGUCAUAG